AUGCUGAGCCGAACAGAAAACAGAGGCGUGUGCAGGCUGCUAUCUUCAGUGAUGUCUGGAACAGAGUCUCAUACGGACAGAGAGGAGGACUACAGGUUCCUCAACAGCAUGCUGAUGGAGAAGAAGCUCCACCUGCUCUUUAAGAUCCACGAGCGUCUGAAGCGUUUUGAGAAGCGGAGCCCCAUCCCCGUCCAAGAGCACGCAGCGAGUCUGGCUUCAGAAUUGGCGGAAGAGCUGAUAAACCAAGGCUGGACAGAUGAAAUCAAAGAACUGGUUGGCCUCUUUUCCCAACCCGACUUUAAGAGUCUCCUGUGUGUCCAUGACGCUGUAGCUCAGAGAACCUUUGAGCCCACUCUGCCACCAAUACCUGACACUGUACUGGAAGACGAUGAGGAUUCUGUCAAGAUUGUCAGUCUGGUCAAAACCAAAGACCCCCUGGGUGCAACAAUUAAAAUGGAUAAAUCCACAGGGACGAUUGUUGUGGCGAGGAUCAUGAGAGGAGGUGCAGCUGAUAAAAGCGGCCUGAUCCAUGAAGGAGAUGAGCUGAAAGAGGUGAAUGGAGUCUCACUGGAACACAGGAAGCCAAAGGAAAUCCUUUCUCUUCUGGCUCGAUCUCAAGGUGAAGUUAGAUUCACAAUCAUUCCUGCCUCCACAAGGGAAGAAAUGUCAUCAAAUAAAAAGCUGUUUAUGCAGGCUCUUUUCGACUAUGAUCCCAAUGAGGAUCCCACCGUUCCGUGCAAAGAAGCAGCAGUAGCCUUUAGAAAGGGCGACGUCCUCCAGAUAGUCAGCAUGGAGGAUGACACCUGGUGGCAGGCCCGUCACCUUGGGGACAGCAACGAUCGGGCAGGACUCAUCCCCUCGCAGCAGCUCCAUGAGAGGAGAGUUGCACUACAGCGACCUAAAGCGCUGUUCAAGCCCCGACCAGUCAAACCACCAGUCAUGGAUGACGUAGACUACGGAGCUAUAACAGGGAUCCACAUUGCUGGGUUGAGAAGAAGUUUCCGACUCGGAAGAAAGAGCAGUUGGGCCAGAGAAGCGGCUCGGUCCAGGAGUUGGAGCACAGGGGCUCACAGCUCAGUUCGACCCCCUACCUACAAACAGGUGACCCCCUACCACAGAGACCCCAAGGACCCACACCGUCUGGUUGUUCUGGUUGGGCCCAGCGGCGUUGGCGUUAAUGAACUGAAGAGGAGGCUCCUGCUCUCAGACCCUGACCACUAUGGCGUGACUGUACCGCACACCACACGUGAGAAGAAAAGGCAGGAGAAUGAAGGGGUGGAUUAUAAUUUUGUGUCAAUAUCCAUGUUUGAAGAGGAUAUUCUCAAUCAAAGGUUUGUAGAAUAUGGAAGAUACAGUGGACACUACUAUGGAACAAGUGUAGAUUCUGUGCACAAAGUGAUGGCUGAGGGCAAGGUGUGCCUUCUGUGUGUGCACCCUACUAAAAUAAAGCAAGUGUACAAUUCGGAAUUCAAACCAUACGUGGUGUUCGUGAAACCUCCGUGUAUCGAGGAACUACACCUCACCAGACGGAGAGUGAAGUUUGUCUGCGAUGAAGUCGACAAGAACUCAGUCAGGGUCUUUUCGGAGGAGGAUUUUGAGGACAUGAUUACCUUGGCUGAAACCAUGGAGAAGCAGUACGGACACUUGAUUGACAAGGUGAUUGUUAAUGGAGAUAUCGUGGUGGCGUUCAGAGAGCUGAAGGCGGACCUCGAGAAGGUACAAAAGGCAGAAGUCCACUGGGUUCCUGCAGAGUGGAAUUGCUCGUCAUCACCAACGAAAGCACGCAAAAGUUGCGGUCAUCUGGACAGCUGGAUUUGA